ACAGUUUACUCUAUGGUCUGGCGGACCUUGUGUUGUCAUCCUCCGAGCGACGGCCGGAGGCGGCGGCGAAGGCCCGGGCGGGGCGUUUGGUUUCGUUUCUGCACCGACUGGAAUUAGUGUCGACGGUCAAAAUGGGAGUCCCCAAGUUUUACCGAUGGAUCUCGGAGCGAUACCCCUGCCUCAGCGAAGUGGUGAAGGAGCAUCAGAUUCCUGAAUUUGAUAACUUGUACCUGGAUAUGAAUGGAAUUAUACAUCAAUGUUCCCAUCCUAAUGAUGAUGAUGUUCACUUCAGAAUUUCAGAUGACAAAAUCUUUACUGAUAUUUUUCACUACUUGGAGGUGUUGUUUCGAAUUAUUAAACCUAGGAAAGUGUUCUUUAUGGCUGUUGACGGUGUGGCUCCUCGAGCAAAAAUGAACCAGCAACGUGGGAGGCGUUUUAGGUCAGCCAAGGAGGCAGAAGACAAAAUUAAAAAGGCAAUAGAAAAGGGAGAAACACUUCCUACAGAAGCCAGAUUCGAUUCCAACUGUAUUACGCCAGGGACUGAAUUCAUGGCCAGGUUGCAUGAACAUCUGAAGUAUUUUGUAAAUAUGAAAAUUUCCACAGACAAAUCAUGGCAAGGUGUUACCAUCUACUUCUCAGGCCAUGAGACUCCUGGAGAAGGAGAGCAUAAAAUCAUGGAAUUUAUCAGAUCCGAGAAAGCAAAGCCAGAUCAUGAUCCAAACACCAGACAUUGUCUUUAUGGCUUAGAUGCUGACUUGAUCAUGCUUGGAUUAACAAGUCACGAGGCACAUUUUUCUCUCUUAAGAGAAGAAGUUCGGUUUGGUGGAAAAAAAACACAAAGGGUAUGUGCACCAGAAGAAACGACGUUUCACCUCCUACACUUGUCUUUAAUGAGAGAGUAUAUUGAUUAUGAAUUUUCAGCACUAAAAGAAAAGAUCACAUUUAAAUAUGAUAUUGAAAAAAUUAUAGAUGAUUGGAUUUUGAUGGGAUUUCUUGUUGGCAAUGAUUUUAUCCCUCAUCUACCUCAUUUACAUAUUAAUCAUGAUGCGCUGCCUCUUCUUUACGGAACAUAUAUUGCUAUCCUGCCAGAGCUUGGAGGUUAUAUUAAUGAAAGUGGACAUCUCAACUUACCUCGAUUUGAGAGAUACCUUGUGAAGCUGUCAGACUUUGAUCGAGAACACUUCAGCGAAGUUUUUGUGGACCUCAAGUGGUUUGAAAGCAAAGUUGGUAACAAGUAUCUCAAUGAAGCAGCAGGUGCGGCAGCAGAAGAAGCAAAGAGCUGCAAGGACAAGAGAAAGCAAAGGUCAGUCUUUAACCUUCUCCAGUCUUCCAGGAAUGGCCAGGAAAAUUCUUUAAGUUGGGCUGCGUUAGACAAAAGCGAAGGUGAAGGAGUGGCUUCUAGAGAUAAUUUUGAAGAUGAGACUGAAGAUGAUGAUCUGUUUGAAACUGAAUUUAGACAAUAUAAAAGAACAUACUACAUGACGAAGAUGGGGGUCGAUGUAGUAUCUGAUGAGUUUCUGGCUGAUCAAGCUGCCUGUUAUGUUCAGGCUAUACAGUGGAUCUUACACUAUUACUAUCAUGGAGUCCAGUCCUGGAGCUGGUAUUACCCCUAUCAUUACGCACCCUUCCUGUCUGAUAUCCGCAAUAUCAGUACACUCAAGAUCCACUUUGAACUGGGCAAGCCCUUCAAGCCGUUCGAGCAGCUCCUCGCUGUGCUUCCGUCAGCCAGUAAGACUUUGCUUCCCACAUGCUACCAGCAUUUGAUGACCAGCGAAGACUCGCCAAUUAUAGAAUAUUAUCCACCUGAUUUUAAAACUGAUCUAAAUGGAAAACAACAGGAAUGGGAAGCCGUGGUAUUAAUACCCUUUAUUGAUGAGAAGCGAUUGUUGGAAGCCAUGGAGACAUGUAACCACUCCCUCAAGAAGGAAGAAAGGAAGAGAAACCAACACAGUGAGUGCCUAAUGUGCUGGUAUGAUAGCGACACAGAGUUCACCUACUCCUCUCCAUGGCCAGAAAAGUUCCCUGCCAUAGAACGCUGCAGUACAAGGUAUAAAAUAAUAUCAUUAGAUGCUUGGCGUGUAGACAUAAACAAGAACAAAAUAACCAGGGUUGACCAGAAGGCAUUAUAUUUCUGUGGAUUCCCUACUUUGAAACACAUCAAACAUAAAUUUUUUUUGAAGAAAAGUGGUGUUCAAGUAUUCCAGCAGAGUAGUCGUGGUGAAAACAUGAUGUUGGAAAUCUCAGUGAAUGCAGAACCAGAUGAACUCAGUAUAGAGAACAUAGCUUCAUCUGUGCUGGGAAAGUCAGUCUUUGUUAACUGGCCUCAUCUUGAAGAAGCUAGAGUUGUGGCAGUAUCGGAUGGUGAAACUAAGUUUUAUAUGGAAGAACCUCCAGGAACACAGAAGGUUUAUUUGGGAAAAACUGCUCCACCAUGUAAAGUCAUCCAACUUUCAGAUAAAGAACAAUCGAACUGGACUAAAGAAAUACAAGGAAUUUCAGAACAAUAUCUAAGAAGAAAGGGAAUAAUGAUAAAUGAAACAUCUGCUGUUGUGUAUGCUCAGUUGCUCACAGGUCGUAGAUAUCAAGUCAAUCAGAAUGGUGAAGUUCGUCUAGAAAAACAGUGGUCAAAACAAAGUCUUCCUUUUGUUUAUCAAACUAUUGUUAAGGAUGUCCGAGCUUUUGACUCUCGUUUCUCCAAUAUCAAAACACUGGAUGAUUUGUUUCCCCCGAGAAGUGUGGUGUUUAUGCUUGGGACUCCUUAUUACGGCUGCACUGGAGAAGUUCAGGACUCGGGUGAUGUGAUAACAGAAGGUAGGAUUCGUGUGGUUUUCAGCAUUCCAUGUGAACCAAACCUUGAUGCUUUAAUACAGAAUCAGCAUAAAUACUCUAUAAAGUACAACCCAGGAUAUGUGUUGGCCGGUCGCCUUGGAGUGAGUGGAUACCUUGUUUCAAGGUUUACAGGAAGUAUUUUUAUUGGAAGAGGAUCUAGGAGAAACCCUCAUGGAGACCAUAAAGCAAAUGUGGGUUUAAAUCUCAAAUUCAACAAGAAAAACGAGGAAGUCCCUGGCUAUACGAAGAGAGUCGGGAGUGAGUGGAUGUACUCGUCAGCGGCCGAGCAGCUACUUGCCGAGUACAUAGAGAGAGCACCAGAACUGUUUAGUUACAUAGCACAGAACAGCCAGGAGGACGUGUUCUAUGAGGACGACAUCUGGCCUGGAGAGAGUGAGAGCGGGGCCGAGAAAGUUCAAGAAAUUAUUACUUGGCUGAAAGGACAUCCUGUCAGUACUCUGUCUCGGUCUUCCUGUGACUUACACAUUCUGGAUGCAGCCAUUGUUGAAAAAAUCGAGGAAGAAGUCGAGAAGUGCAAGCAAAGAAAGAACAACAAGAAAGUCCGAGUGACAGUGAAGCCUCACUUGCUGUUCAGACCUUUAGAGCAGCAACACGGAGCCAUUCCUGAUCGGGAUGCUGAGUUCCGCCUCUUUGAUCGCGUUGUAAACGUGAGAGAGAACUUCUCGGUGCCGGUCGGCCUUCGCGGCACCAUCAUUGGAAUUAAAGGGGCUAGUAGAGAAGCUGAUGUGCUAUUUGAAGUAUUAUUUGAUGAGGAAUUUCCUGGAGGCUUAACAAUAAGGUGCUCACCUGGUCGGGGAUACCGACUGCCAACAAGUGCCUUGGUGAACCUUUCUCAUGGGAGUCGCUGUGAAACUGGAAACCAGAAGUUGACAGCCAUUGUGAAACCACAGCCAGCUGUGAGUCACUGUAGCGUAAACUCAUCAGUCUCCUCUGGGCACAUGGGAGGCCUCAACCACUCUCCUCAGUCACUCUUUCUUCCUACUCAAGUACCUACAAAAGGUGAUGAUGAAUUUUGCAACAUUUGGCAAUCUCUACAGGGAUCUGGAAAAAUUCAACACUUGCAGCCAACGGUACAAGAGAAGGGUGCAGUUCUACCUCAAGAAAUAAGUCAAGUAACUGAAUCUCAUAAACCUGGCUUUAACGACCACAGUGUCAGACAUCAGCAAAGAAAACAUGACCCUCACCGAAAAUUUAAGGAAGAAUAUAAGAGUCCUAAAGCUGAGUGUCAGAAUCAAAAGUUGUCUAAUAAACAGACUUCUGGAGCGUCUGCCAGAUGUAAUAUUAAACUAUUGAAGAGAAAUGAAAGUCCAGGAACUUCAGAAGCCCAGAAGGUUGUAACCAGUUACCCAAAUGCAGUUCAUAAGCCUCACUCUGGAAUUGAGAGCUUUUUAGCAUCUUUGAAUAUCUCUAAGGAAAGUGAAGUACAAUUACCUCAUGGAGAGCCUCCAGAUGAGGCACAUCUGUCACCGCAGUCCUUUGCUAUGAAAGGAACACGGAUGCUUAAAGAAAUUCUGAAAAUUGAUAGCCCUGACACAACAGACAGUAAGAAUGAUGUGAAAAAAUUUGAUAAUGAAGUCAUGGUUUCUUCUAGUAGAAGAGAUGAACAUGGACCCUCAUCACAUCCUAAGCCAAGUAAGAAGCUGGCAAGCCAUGUGAGCCAGCCUCACAGUACUAAUGAAUACCAGAGUGUGGACAGUGUGUGCUGGCCAGGCCACAUGCCUCCUGUGUCCACACCAGUUACUGAACUCUCUCGAAUUUGUUCCCUUGUUGGAAUGCCACAACCGGAUUUCUCCUUUCUGCGGACAACACAGACAAUGACAGUUUGUCAGGUGAAGUUGUCUAAUGGCUUGCUGGUGCAUGGGCCUCAGUGCCACUCUGAGAGCGAGGCCAAGGAAAGAGCCGCACUCUUCGCUUUACAACAGCUGGGCUCCUUGGGUGUGAAUUUUCCUUUGCCUCCACCAAUAUUUACAAAUUAUCCUCCUGCGGUACCACCUGGAGCUGUCCCUCCUGUCUUUCCCCAACCUACUGCUAAUAUGAUGCCUUCAUCGUCUCAUCUCUUUGGCUCAGUGCCAUGGAGACCACCAGUGCCAGUUCCUGGGAAUGCCUACCACUAUCCUUCAUAUCCUGCAACCAUGCCCUUGGCUGGAGGAAUGCCAGGUGGAGUGCACAAUCAGUUCAUACCUCUGCAGGUUACAAAAAAAAGAGUUGCAAACAAAAAGAAUUUUGAGAAUAAGGAGGCCCAGAGUUCUCAAGCCACACCACUUCAGACUAACAAGCCAGGGUCUUCCGAAGCCACCAGAAUGACUCCACAAGAAGGUUCACCAGCGUCUUCAGCGUCCUCUCAGGCUACCCAGCCUGUGUCUUCUCACGUUGAAACUGCAUCCCAAGGCCAUGUCGUGUCCCACCAGAGGUCAGCUCCAAGCUCCUCAAGAAGGAAAUCAAGAAAAUUGGCUGUCAACUUUAGUGUUUCUAAACCUUCUGAAUAAAUUUGGUACCUGGGAAUUUAUUUCUUUUAUCUCCAUCUACCUUUUGAUAAAUUGAUAUCUAUGUAUCAAAAAUGUACUAUUUUAGGAUGUUUAGAUUUGAUAUUUUUUAUUUUUAAGUUAUUAGGCACUUUUCAUGCUAUUUAAGACUAUAUAUCAAAUUGUGCACUUUAAAUAUGUGCAAUUUGUUGUACAUCAGUGAUACCUCAAUAAAGCUGUAAAAAAGAGAAAAUUAAA